GUUGUUUUUUCUGAGUGUCGUGUUAAUGGUAGGGUAUGUAUUUAUUAAAAAAUUCAAGCAAAGUAUAAGGGAGUUGUACUCCAGUCUAGUAGAUGGCGGUAAUGCAACAUUUAUUGGAUGCCAACCGCCGUUAAACGUCAUCGAAGAAUCAUCGUUACUUCAAAAAAUGUCUGUUAUUGCCUCCUUCACAGCCGUAGCAACAACAAAAUGCUAGCUAACACAUGUAACUAGCUAUAUAUUUUAUUUUAACGUUACGUGAAUGAGUCUGAGGGCAAAAUGUCAACUUACAAUAUGUUCCAGUCAGAAACAACAUCGAUUAUGGCUUUUGUCGUCGAGACUGUAAUGAAAGAAAUUAGCCAUCUUUCAAACGCUAACGACUGCAGUAAACCGGAGAGAGAGCUUUGCACCAUAAUGAAUCUGGUGAUGGGGGAGGCUAUUCGUAAAAUCUGCCAACUAUUCCUAGUGGCCUCCUCACGUUUACAAAAUGAAAAUGGGAAACUGAAGACCAAGGUGGAGCAGAUGGAGGAAGAUAUGAAGACAAUAACUGAGAAGGCUGAACAUUAUAGAAUGUCUCUAGCUAAAGUGCAGGCACAAGCAGAACCGAAAGGACCUACCCAUGUUCUGCACAAUGGAAUCAUCUUUGCAAUUAAACCACUUGAUCUCCCAGUGUUGCCUGGAAUGACAGCGGGUCCAGCAUUGCCAGGGAAUGUCAGUCAAGCAAACCCUGUCACUAAUGCAACAUCAGUCCGUGCAGGUAUGUUUGGUGGGUCAAGUGGGUUUGGCCUGAUCAAUGUGUGACUGUUUCAAAUCGCAAAACUUGUGCCGCAAACAAUCACGCUCUGGGCCAACUUAAUCACAACAUUCUUGGACUGGUCGUUCAGAACGGCGCUGUUUCUGUUGAAUCAAAUGUUGCACACCGUUGUGUCCGGCUGAAUGCGCUCCAGCAUUCAGCAGGACACUAGGAACCAAAACGGUCCUGCAAAGGUUUGCAGUAAACCCACAGAGACGUCUUCAUUGGAGAAUGACUCGUCUCUGGGAGACACAGAUGGACUGAAUACAGACCCCUCCCCAAGAGACACUGAAUCCAACGUUGAGCAUAUGAGAGCUGCUCUGCCAGAGGGCAACGGGAGAGACAGCCAUGAAAGCCAGAAAAACAGCAAUACUACUAAAGGGACACGAUCCAAAGAAACCAAACGCUUCAAGUGUGAUGUUUGUGAGAAGACCUUCUGCAAGAAAGAGUUGUUGAGAGUUCACAAGUUAACGCAUACAAGACCCUUCAAGUGUGACGUGUGUCAGAAGACCUUCACCAGGAAGGGGUUACUGGAAUCUCACAAGCUAAGUCACACAAGUCCCUUCAAGUGUGAUGAUUGUGACAAGGUCUUCAUCCUGAACCGCUUGCUGGUACGUCACAAGCUAAUUCACACAGGAGAGAGGCCAUUCGCUUGUGGUCAAUGUGGCAAAACAUUCAGAAUGUCCAAGCAGCUCGAACAUCACAUGUUGCGUCACAGAGAAAAAACAUUCAGUUGCAAAGUUUGCGAUAGUAUAUUCUCUACCAAGAAAGAUCUGACACAACAUCGGCUUGUUCAUGCAGUGGAGAGACCGUUCAAGUGCCUGACUUGUGGAAAGGGUUUCACAUCAAGGGCCGUGCUUAUGGGGCACGAGAGAAUCCACACCGGGGAAAAACCACACAGCUGCGCUGAAUGUGGGAAGAGUUACAGACUGUCUUAUGACCUAAGUAUUCAUAUGCGAAGACAUACAGGUGAACGUCCACACUUAUGCUCGGAGUGUGGUAAGAGAUUUAUAACUAAAUCCAGCCUUGAAAACCACAAGGUAAUCCAUACAGGGGAGAAGCCAUUUAAAUGUGAGACCUGUGGAGCUGCUUUCGGCCAUAAAGCCAACCUUCAGAGACACCAAGUUCUUCACACAGGGGAGAGACCGUACAAAUGUAAAGUGUGUGGGAAAAGCUACCUUCAGUCCACCGACCUAAAAGCUCACAUGCACCGUCAUGGGGCAACCAAGCCAUUUAUGUGUGACCUAUGUGGAAAGACUUUUAUUUACAAUUACCAAAUGAGACAGCACAAUCUAAAAUGGCACAAAGCUGAAGGAGAGAACAUUCCUGGGGGAGCGGGAACCUCAACAAAGCCAUUCAGUUGUGAUGUAUGUUUGAAUGGCUUCAGCUCCAUGCUAACUCUGAAAAAGCAUCAAGAAAUUCACACAGGACAAAAUCAAUACUCUUGUUCCGUUUGCGGAAAGACCUUUGCCUAUAAAAAUACUUUGGACUAUCACAUGAAACUUCACAGUGGAGAGAAGCCCCAUGAAUGUAAAUACUGUGGAAGAAAAUUCAUUCUUAAGCAAGCUCUCAAAGGCCAUGAGCGAACCCAUACAGGUGAAAAGCCCUUCAAAUGCAGUUAUUGUGACAAGACUUUCUCAGUCAACAGCAAUCUCAAAAGGCAUGAGCGAGUCCACACGGGAGAGAAGCCAUUCAAAUGUGACGUCUGCGGGAGAGGUUUCAGCCAAGCUAACAAUGUCAAAGCCCACAUGCAGGUCCACACCGGAGUUAGGCCUUAUUAUUGCAAGAGAUGUGGAAAGGGCUUUUCUGACAUAAGACACUACAAAAACCAUAGCUGUAAUGGUGUGGCAGCAACACGUGAUAGGUCUCGUAAACCUUCUGACCACACUUUCAGAAGUAGGAAAGGAGGUAGAGACAGGAGUGCUUGCCUUAAUGCUGCUGUUAUGUAGACUCUGUGAUAUUAUCUCUAUCAUUCACAGUGGGGCAACUUCCUGCUUUCCGACAUCAGGAACAACAUGGAUGUAUUCAGUAGGGUGAAAAGUUCUUGGGUGAGUUUCUGGAAAGCCUCGUAGGAAAUGAGAUGCAUACCUGCCGUAAUGCUUGGAGAUAUUGCUAUAAGUCUUAUAGUCAAUGUUCAUGAGCACACAUUAUCAUGGAGACGUUGUAUAUUUCUGACUGUGCUCAAUCAUUUACCGUGUGUUAUUUUUUUUCUUCUAUUGUGUAAAUCCUUAAACACCUAAUUCAUGUGAAAUUAUUAGAACUACACAUUAAUACUUUGUCCGUCAAGAUUAGUUACUCGGGUGAUUGUCCUGAUUGGGCAAGAAUUUUGAAGGAAUUCUUGUUUUUAAAGGUCCAAUUCAGCUGUUUUUAUAUCAAUAUCAUAUAAUUUCUUGGUAACAAUUGAAGUACCUCAUUUUGCUUGUUUUCAAUUAAAAUGGUUAAAUAUAUAUAUUUAAAAUAGCUUUUUAGCAAUGAGCAAUUUCUCAAGCAAGAAUUUUGCUGGGACUGUUGGAGUGGGAGGGGAGAAGUGCUAUUAUUGGCAGAGGUUUGGAACUCUUCCUUAUUGGUCUAUUAACUCAUUUAUCACCAGGCCGCCAGAAACUCCAUCCCACCAAAACAGGCUGAAAUGUCAGCCGGUCUGUUCAAACAACUCUUACUCUAAAAGGUAAUUAUCAUUCUCACAGUAUUAUUCCAACCUCAUAGUGUGGAAAUACUGUAUGUGACCAAAGGUAUGUGGGACACAUGUUCAUGUAACAUCUCAUUACAAAUUCAUGGGUAUUAAUAUGGAGUUGGUCCCUCCCUUUGCUGCUAUACCAGCCUCCCCCCACUUUUUGGGAAGGCUUUCCACUAGAUGUUGGAACAUUGCUGCAGGGAUUAAUGCUCUUGUGGUUGAAUGGAAGCAAAUCCCUGCAGCAAUGUUCCAACAUCUAGUGGAAAGCCUUCCCAGAAGAGUGGAGGCUGUUAUAGCAGCAAAGGGGGGACCAACUCCAUAUGAAUGCCCAUGAUUUAAUGCCCAGCUUUAAGCUGUUCACCUUGGUGUACUAUUUUUCCUUUGUAAGAGACUUGAGAAUGUCUCUUAAACUUGUUUGGUUAGUUACUUCCAUUUCAAAUUACUUUUAGGAGAAGUACUUUUUAGCUUGAAGUGCAUUGGAUCUCAUUUUAUUUGCGACACUGCAUUUAUGUUUUUUGAAUAAUACAUUUAGGACUUGAUUCUUGAGUUGUAUCCGCAUUAGUCCCUUCCCAUGUA